CCUGGAAUUUGGGCAGUUUUUGUUGCACCCCUUCGGGCUCGGUUCCAGCCCGUCGCUCAGCGCGGGGCCCGCCCCCUCCAGAGGAUAUUUAAGGAGAAGCUGAUGUGCAACUUGCUCCAAAGAGACGAGAAACUCCGAACGAGCGGGAAUCAGUCGGCAGCCUGGAUCCCUUCCCAGUGCUCGGGAUGUCUGGAAACUUGGGGACAGUGACCCGGACCGUGCUCCUGCUGCUCCUCGCCCCUGGCUGGGGAGAAGCACAGGCCUGCACGUUCCCGUGCCAGUGUCCCUCCCAGCCUCUGCAGUGCCCUGCUGGCACCAGCCACGUGUUGGAUGCCUGUGGCUGCUGCAAGGUGUGUGCCAGGCAGCUGGGAGAGCUCUGCUCCCUGCACAGGCCCUGUGACCACCACAAGGGACUCUACUGCGACUUCUCCAAAAUCCACAGAGGCAGCGGGAUCUGCUUAGCUCACGAGGGUGCAACGUGUGACCUGCUGGGCAAGAUCUACCUGAACGGGGAGAGCUUCCAGCCCACGUGCAAACUGCAGUGCAUCUGCCUGGACGGCGCCGUGGGCUGCAUCCCGCUCUGCUCCGACGACCUGCGCCUGCCGUCCCCCGACUGCCCCCACCCCCGCAGGGUCAGGGUCCACAACAAGUGCUGUGAGGAGUGGGUGUGUGAGGAGGGCAGUGACAACGACCUGGGCACGGCCAUGGCGGUGUUCAGGCAGGACCCAGCCCAGAAGCCUGAGCUGAACAACCUGCAGGAGAACUGCCUGGUGCAGACCACGGCGUGGAGCGCGUGCUCCCGGAGCUGCGGGAUGGGCAUCUCCACCCGCGUCACCAACGACAACCCCCAGUGCCGCCUGGAGAAGGAGACCCGGCUCUGCAUGGUCCGGCCCUGCGACUUCCCCAUGGAGAAAACCAAGAAAGGGAAGAAGUGUGUGAGGACCCCAAGGCCACGCCAGAGCCUCCACUUUGAGUUCUCGGGGUGCACCAGCACCCGCUCGUACCGGCCGCGGUUCUGCGGGAGCUGCUCGGACGGGCGGUGCUGCACCCCCGACCUCACCAGCACCGCCGAGGUGGAGUUCCGCUGCCCCGAGGGGGACUCCUUCCACAGGAAGAUGAUGUUCAUCAAGGUGUGCUCCUGCCACUACGACUGCCCCCGGGACAACGACAUCUUCCUGGCCACCUACCACAGGCGGAUGAUCGGGGACCACGUCAGGAGCGAGCGGCAAUAGCCCUCCCCGGGCCGGAUCCGAGGUGUCGGGAGGGAUCUGAGGGGCUUUGGUGGCUGUGUCCCAGGACAACGCAGCCUCUGCCCCUCUGUGAGGGGCUGUGCUCUCCAGAGCAGCACUGUUCACACCAGUGGUCCCAGUGAGCUGAGGUCUGGGGGGGAACAGCCCCAGCUGCUCCAGCCCUCUGACCCCCACCCACGGUGCCGUGCAGGUCAGCAAAGGACCAGACACAGGCUCGAGCUGCAAACUUGAUCCAUGUUCCCACUGGCCAGAGGGGAGAGUGGAUCAAAGCCGUGCGGCUCCAGCCUGUCUCCAGCCCAGAGCACAGCGGGCACAGUUCCUGAUUCAGACCCUAGGAGCUCCUCCAGCAUGAACUGGGUGUGGGCCAGGCUGCCAGACCAAAACCUGUCCCCUGUGGGUGCUGCUCUGGGCAGCUUUUAGUGCCUUGAUGAGCAUUUCACAGAACCAUAGAAUGGUUUGGGUUGGGAGGGACCUUAAUGCUCAUCUUGUUCUAACCCCCUGCCAUGGGCAGGGACACCUUCCACUAGCCCAGG